AGUGAAACUAAUUCAUAACUAAUUAUAAAGACAACAAAAAAAUUUAACACGUGCUCUUUGUGAUCAAUAAACCUAAUGCUAAAAAUGUCAACGUAAGUGAAUAGAAAAAACGUGCUCGAAGAUUUCAAAGUAAAAGAAUUUAUAGAUCUCAAAAUGUCGACAUCACUUGCUGAACAACUUCGGCGAUUAGCCGCUCCACAAACAUCAAUCUUAGAUCAACGUGACAAGAAAAAACCAUCAUUAUUAUUUGACCCAAAGGAAGCUGCCACAUUUGAGCGUGCCACCGUCUUAGAUAUAGGGCGUAGUGGUCUUAAGGACCUUAUUAAAAUUAAUCCUAAGUUCGAAAUUUUCGAAACGACUAUAUUUUCACAGUCUUCGUUACGUUUUGAACGAGCUGUACAAACUCAAAAAGAUAAUGAUCAAUUAAAUGAUAUUAUAAAAAAUUUUUUACAUCUAAUAUCGCCACAUUUUUUGCUCAAACCGGCUCAACAAGCUCUGGAAUGGUUAAUCAAUCGUUAUCGUAUUCAUGAAUAUAAUAGGAACGAUUUCAUUGCGUUAAUUUUACCAUACCAUGAAACGAACAUUUUCAUCAGAUGUUUGCGGCUUUUGGAUCUAAGUAAAUCGUCGGAUCCAUGGCAUUGGAUGUACAAGACACAAAAGGCUAAUGUUGUUCUUGGCAAAUCCUUGGUAUUGAAUCAUUGUGCGAGUAAUAUUUCAUUUAUGAAAUUUAUUUGUCGAGAUAUUGCUGCAAAAACUAAAGUUCAUGGUUUGGAAGCAAAAUUAUUAGUUGCUGAAUAUUCAUUUUAUUGUACAACAAUUAUGGGAGCUUUAGAGUAUUCGAAAACCAUUAGCGAAGAACAAAUUUCAACGAUUUUACCAUCGUUAUUAAGUGGAAUGGCAUCGAAUGUUAACGAUUAUGUAUCGUCGACUUACAUGAUUUUAGCUUUGCUCUUAGUGAAAACUAAAUUAAAAUUUAAUUUAAUCGAGAAAUUUUUAUCGAAAUUGGCUAAUGUAUCGAUUGCCGACAUUCAAGCGAAGUCUUGUUUGCUGAUAGUGUUAAUAUAUCAAACACAAGAUUUAAAAACAUUCCCAGAAUUUGCAUUAAAAACGUUAUCAAUGCAAACAUGGUUUUUACAAUAUUUAAAAGAGUUAGCAAGUUCGGGAGUGGAACUAACAUCUUUAAUUAUAGCAUUGUGUACUGGAGCUAUACAGUAUUUACAAAAAAAUGAUUCGUCUGAAGGUAAGACGAAAGUUGUGGAAUUUGUAAUUACCGUGUUAAAAGCUAUUAUAUUGGAUGACAUGGGCUCUGAGCAGCUUUUAAGGACGUCAUUAGAAACAUACAAUGCAAAAAAAGACGAAUCCACAAUGAACUCAUGGUAUUGUACAUUUUUAAAGGAAUUGCAUUCAAUUUAUCCCGAGACUUAUAAGAAAAUCAUCACAUUAUCAUACAACGAAGAAAAUAGUUUAAAUUCAAAACAAAAACAAACUCUAGAAAAAGUUAUGAAAUCCGAAAUGUCUGAAGUAAUUUUAAGUAAAACCGCAUUUAGUAUUUUUGAUAAAUUAUGUCAUCAUGAUGUAAAUCAACGCGUUGAUGCAAUACGUUAUUUAACACAGAAUUAUUUUAAAAUGUCGUUAAAAGAUCAAGAGUUUUUGAAACCUCAAUUAAUUCAACGUUUCGAAGAUAAAAAUACUAAAGUAAUUGAUAGUUUAUUAGAAUUUUCGAAUACAUCGUUAAUUGAAUUACUCGGCUCUGAUUUAUACUCAAAAUUAAUCGAAAUUUUAUCAACAGUUAGCUCAAUUCGAAUUAAAGAACGUAUUUUAGCUAUUUUAACUUCAGGUCAAAUCGAAAUUCAAAAUGAAACACAUUUAUUUAUUACGAUUUUGCCAUUUUUAUUCCCAAACAAUGACGAUGAAUUAAAACUUUUAUCGAAAAUUAUUCUACCAUCGAAAUUUGCUAAAAAACAUCCAAUUUUGGUGAGAAACAGCAAGUUAGCUGUACAAGCCAAGAACAAUUCUCCAGAAGAAUUUUGUAAAAUUGCUUCUCAAGAAAUAUUUAGCUCAAAAAAUCAAACAGGUGAUAUUUCUAAAAUUUUAGAGAGUAGUGGAAAUAUUUUUAAUCUAAUCGAAUCCGCUCGAAAGAAUAUCUUACCUGACGAAUUAAUUAUCUUAUGUAUUGAAACAGUCCUCGAAAAAUCUGUGUUUAAUCUAGAAUUCAAACUAUAUGAUCUUACAACAAAUUCUGAAUUAAGAAACUUAUUGUCUUGUUUUGAAAUGAUAAUUUGUGGGAAAUUAUUUAAGGAUGGCGUAAACGAUUCCAAUUACAAAUCAAUCGUUUAUAAAUUUUUAAAUAAAAUUUCCUCCGAAGUUAAAAAUCAGCUAAUAAUCUUAAGUAACUUUUUUAGUGUGCCACAAUCCAUUGUUGAUAAAGAAUUGCAAAUGGCCGCUUUAACAAUUACUAACGAUAUUAUUAUAAAAAAUUCAGAUAAAAUUGAAUGGUUGAAUAAUUUCAGCCCUGAUAAUAACUUUAUUAUAUCAGUCUUAUUUUUAUUCAUGUCUCAAGAUUCGGAAAUUCGUAAAAGCUCUAUGAAUGUUUUAGAAAAUAUUCAUCAAUUACUUACGAAGGAAAAAAAGGGAUUUUCAUUUUUAAUAAACUCUUUAUUAAAUCGUCAAAGUGAAAUUAUGUUAGACCAUGAACAAUUACCUAUGAUUUUGUACACAAUUUUAUCCCCUGAUCUUUCGGUACAAAAAUCGUUAACAAAAGGUGAUAAAGAGAAUUCAAAAAAUACUUUAAAUCAUUUACUUACAUUAUCAAUUAAACAGGACUAUCCUGUUUAUGUGACAUCAUCACUUUUUAAAAUGUUAUCGCUGAUAAAUUCAAAAGAAAUAUUAGAUCAAUUAUCACUUGUCGCCUAUAAUUUAUUAAAAACAAAUGGAGAAAUUCAAAUAUUUAACGUUUUUCAAUCAGAGAUAAUUUUAAAUAAUAAAAAUCACUAUUGUUUAGAAUUAUUGUUGGAUACUUUCGAUAAAGAUGUUUUUGAACGUUUACCUGAAGAUGGACAAAUUAAGCUUAUAUGUUCGAUUAUAAAUUUGGCCACAAAUUUAGACAUAUCCGAAAUUCGUAGCGCUAUUACGAAAUUUUUUAAGCGUAUUGAAUUAAAUGCAAGCUUUUUCCGAUCAAUAUUUGAACAAAUGCAUGAAGUUACGGUACAAAAUGAAACUAAAAAAAGUAGACGUAUUUCAGUGAUACCUAAAAUUGACACAUUGGAUAAAACAGAAUGGAAAUGUGGUAUUACUGCGUUAGAAUUCUUACAAAAUAAGAAAAAAUUACACAAUGUACAUUUAAUUUUACCAAUUUUAUUUGAUAUUCUUAAGAAAUGUUUAGAUUUUGAGGAACAAGCGUCGUUAGAAUAUCCAAAACAAUUAAUUUUAUCAUGUAUUCUAAAUUGUAGUCAAAAGUUAUCUCCACAAGCUACAAAAUGGACUCAAAAGCAUUUAUUACCAGAGUCUGCAUUUAAUAUUGAAUUAAUUGUACAAUGUAUUCGAGCUACACAAAAUCCACAAACACACCAUCAUGCUUUAUUACUGUUAUCCCAUAUUUCUGGAAUGUUCCCAGAACAAGUUUUACAUCACAUUGUUGCAAUAUUUACUUUUAUGGGAUCGAGUGUUUUACGGCAUGAUGAUGCGUAUAGCUUCCAAAUUAUUACGAAAAUUAUUGAUAUUAUUAUACCAAUUUUAGUUAAUAAUGAGAAUCAGAAGCAGGAUACAAGUUUCGAACGUAUUAUCCCAAUUUUACGUGUUUUUGUUGAUGUAUUAGUGGAUGUACCCGUACAUCGACGUGUUCCAUUGUUUGAGAAAUUAUUGAUAACAUUUGGGGAGAAAAAUAGUUUAUGGAUUUUCUUGGCACUAGUUUUUGAGUCUCAUGUACUACAUGCACACGAAACUCAACCAGUACAAACAAAACAUUCAUUAGUUUCGAAUGAGUUACCAAAACGUUUAGAAAUUGCGAAUUCAAUAAUUUCUCAAUUUGCGCCCGAUAUAAUAUUAUUUACAUGUAUACAAUUAAUUGACUAUCUUAAAAACUUACCAAUUGAUAAUGAAACUAAUAAAACUACCGAUAGAUUUUUUGGUAUCGAAAAACGUACCCCUAAAGAAUUUCGUCAUUUUAAGUAUACAAUUGUGACGAGCGUCCUUACAAUUUUAGGUGCACCAAGUUUAAUUCGAAAUAUAGCUCUGCUACCAGAUGAUAAGUCACAGAAUUUAGAACCUCUAUAUCGAAAAUUUAUUAUUACGAUUUUAUCAUAUAUUCACAGUGUAUCGAAAUGUGCUGAGGAAUAUAAUGGAAAACCUCAGGCUAAAUAUUGGAAAGUAAUGCUUCAUCAUUGUUUUGAUAUUUUAGAUAAUAUUAAUUCUUUACUAACUUCGGAUAUGUUUUUGUUGGUUGUACGCGGAUUAAUGUCACAUAAUUUACCUGCGGUACGGCGAAAAGCUAUGGAAUUACUCAAUUCAAAAUUACAAUUGCAGAACGAUUUUAUUACGGAAACGACAGAUAAUGAAAACUUAUUCAAUUUAAUUGAACCGCUAAUGCGUGUAAUUGUUACGAUCGAUAAAAAAUCUUCACAAGAAACUGAAGAAGAAUUAAAUCAACAAACUGCAUUAUUCUCACUAAAACUAUUAGCAAAACGUUUAGCUACAAAUAAUCCUGAAAAAUUCCGCCCAAUUUUGGAUCAAGUUGUGGCACUAUUAAAGGUUAAAAAAAUACAAGAUAAUGUGUUAGCUUCGCUAAUUCUCUGUUUUGCUGAACUUUGUAAUAAUUUACGAGUCCAUUCGCUAUACAGCUUAAAUAAGUUUAUGCCAGUAAUUUUAAAAAUAUUAAACACCCAAAAAAUGAAAAAACAACCAGAUCUAGUUUUAUUAAGUACUGUAACAGCAGUUCAAAAAAUUUUAGAUACUUUACCGUUGUUCUUAAAUCCAUUCUUAGAAAAAAUUAUUACGGAUAUCUCAAUUUUAUGCUCCAAAUGGUGUAUAGAGGAUUCAUCUCAACCUGUAAAUCCAAAAAAUGACCCGCUUAUAACAAAAUUAAAAUCGAUUGUACAGAAAAUCGCACAAACUAUACCACAUCGUGUAUUAAUUCCGGCAAUCGCUCAGAGUUAUGGUAAAUUAAUAGCGUUAGAUCAAUUACCAGCAAUCGCAUAUGCUAUGAAUAUUUUAGCAGAAAGUAUUAAGGUUUUAGAUGGAUCUAAUUUAAAGACAGUCCAAAUUGAAUUAAGUGAUUUUUUCUUAUCUGCACUACAAUUUCGAUCAGAUAACGUUGAAAAUGAUAUAGAGGAAAAUCAAAUUUCUUUAGUGGAAGGUCAUACAGUGAAUGCUUUAGUUUCACUAGUUUUAAAAUUAUCCGAAUCAUCAUUUAAACCGUUGUAUUUCAAAAUAUUCGAUUGGGCAACCCGAGAAGAAAAUUCAGAACAUAAAACUCGUGCGAUUACAUUUUAUCGUGUAUCCCGAGAUAUUGCUGAUAAUUUGAAAGGUUUAUUUGUUUUAUUUGCUGGACAUUUUUUGAAAAAUGCGGCAAGUUUAUUAGAUAAAUGUAAUAAUUUCAAAUCAGAGCAACUCUUUUUUGAAAUGGACGAAGAAAAAUGUUGCAUUCUUGUUAAUUAUAUUUUACAAACUUUAAAUUACGUUUUUCUCUAUGACAAUCAAAAUUUUAUUAACAAUGAUCGUUUCGAAUUGUUAAUGCAAUCGAUUGUAGAUCAAUUAGAAAAUACGAUCGGUGGUGAAGAUAAAUUAAAAUAUCGUAUUGAUAAUAUAUUAGUUGAAUGUAUUGGACAUUUUGCUGUGGCCACGGCAGAUGACUCGCUGUGGAAACAAUUAAAUUAUCAGGUUUUACUUAAAACCCGACAUAAUUUACCGUUAGUACGUUUAGCUGGUUUAAAAACUUUGUGUGAAAUGGCUAAAAAAUUGGGGGAAGAUUUUCUUCCAUUAUUACCGGAAACUAUACCAUUUUUGAGUGAAUUAUUAGAGGAUGAAGAUGAAGCAGUUGAAGCUGCAUGUAAAAAUGCAGUGCAAGAAUUAGAAAAAGUUCUUGGGGAACCUUUACAAAAAUAUUUUUAAAAACUGUAAAUUAUGAGUAAUUUAUUAUUUGUGUAUCGCAUCCUAGUUUUAAUCAUAAUAGGUU